AUGGCCGAUCAAAAUGAGAUCGACCUAGACUCUGUCAUCGAUAGGCUGCUCGAAGUGCGUGGCUCUCGCCCUGGCAAACAAGUCCAGCUACUUGAAGCGGAGAUUCGCUAUCUCUGCACUAAAGCGCGUGAGAUUUUCAUCUCUCAGCCCAUCCUCCUAGAAUUGGAGGCUCCCAUCAAGAUCUGUGGUGAUAUUCACGGGCAAUACUACGAUCUCCUGCGCCUCUUCGAAUAUGGAGGCUUCCCUCCCGAAGCCAAUUACCUCUUCUUGGGCGAUUAUGUCGACCGAGGCAAGCAAUCGCUCGAGACCAUCUGCCUACUACUGGCAUACAAGAUCAAGUACCCGGAAAACUUCUUCAUCCUGCGCGGAAAUCACGAGUGCGCCAGUAUCAACCGCAUCUACGGUUUCUACGACGAGUGCAAACGUCGAUACAACAUCAAGCUCUGGAAGACAUUUACGGACUGCUUCAACUGCUUGCCCAUUGCCGCCAUCAUCGAUGAGAAGAUCUUCACCAUGCAUGGUGGUCUGAGUCCCGAUCUCAACUCGAUGGAGCAGAUUCGCCGUGUUAUGCGCCCCACCGAUAUCCCUGACUGCGGUCUACUCUGCGAUCUGCUGUGGUCUGAUCCCGACAAAGAUAUCACCGGGUGGAGCGAGAACGACCGAGGAGUCUCCUUCACCUUUGGUCCCGACGUGGUGUCGCGAUUCUUGCAAAAGCACGACAUGGAUUUGAUAUGCAGAGCACACCAAGUCGUCGAGGACGGCUACGAGUUCUUCUCCAAGAGGCAGCUUGUUACUCUAUUCAGUGCUCCCAACUACUGUGGCGAAUUUGACAACGCCGGCGCCAUGAUGAGUGUAGACGAAAGCUUAUUGUGCUCGUUCCAGAUCCUCAAGCCAGCCGAGAAGAAGCAAAAGUACGUUCUAGGUUCCUCUGGCAAAUCCAACACUUCCCGCAAAGGAAAAUAA